CGUGAUCCCUAGGCUAGGCCAUUGAGUAGGCUAUAGUGUCGGUGCUUCUUAAGAGAAUAAUAAUUUCAAGUUAAUUUCUAUUCAACUACAAAAAAUGGAAGAGGACGAGGAAUUUAGUUUUGCAAGGCACAAGUGGAACAGAGCCCUAGAAUGCUGUUUGGAAGAAUUAAAGACAAACAUUUCAGUGCCAGAAGUGGUCAUCAACAACAAGUCAGACUGGCUUGAAGAAAGGUCAAAAACCCUUUUGGAAACGACAGAGAAUAGAAUAGAAUACUUCACCUACCUCUAUAAAUGGACAACCCUCUUGAAGGCUGGAUUGGAAAAAGAACUUUUUGAGGCCCCGAUAACCUUAGCAUCAACCUAUAACGAUGCAAUCGAGUAUCUACCGAUUAAACUACAUGACAAGGACACAACAUGGAAGUACCUCAUACAAAGUAUGUAUGCCCACAUCAUAUGUGGGGAUAUUGAAGACAAUGAUAAAGUUGCCCUACUCACAACUUGUGAGAAAAAGUUUGCCAAGAGCUUUCACCAUGGAGGGACAUUCUAUCUUGUGAUGAUCAAGGGCGAACGGCUUAUUGCCAAAGAUCAGAACCUGGACCUGGACCAUCACAUGCAGACCAACAUGAUUGAAACUUUUCAGAAAUGUUUUUCAUUUCCUUACCUGACCCAAGACAGCAAUACAAUCUUUGAGUUAUUCAAUAGUUCGACUAGAGGAUUUGAACCAGCCGAAAAAUUACGUGAUGUAUUCUACGAAACACAGCCGAUUCGAAAUGAAAUAGAAGAUUUAAUAGAACAGGCCGAGACAGAUAAAAUGCAUAACAUCUUUCAUGGAUUAGUGGACGACAUUUUGUCAAACUCCUCUAUCAAUCUUUUGCCUACAUUAAACUCACUUAGUGAAUGGAUGCUUGAAUUGAGGCCUUAUUGUCCCUGCUUUUAUUUUAAAUAUCUAAGUGCCCUUUCUACUGCCAUCACUCAGAACAAGAUAGAACCAAUGCCAGAUAAAAUGGAUGAUUUGAUACGUCUCGGGGUCAACUCGGACUCAGACACUGACCGAUGCUGUCCAAUGACGAAAGAGAGCUUUUGUGAGCAGGCAAUUGUCAUAGCUGGCCUACACCUUAGCAUGAGUAGGCUCAAAGAUUUGAUCUUUGGCAUAGUGAGGGUCGUAAAUAUAACAACGAACCCCACAAAAUGGCUUGGUGUAUCUCGAGGAUGUCUAACAGCCCUUGGAAAUAAAAUACGGGCAGGGGAAGAAGUAAAUAUUGAUGAAUAUUUAACUGAACUUAUCAAACCAUUCUCAUGGGAGUACUUCAGUGCAAAUAAUAAACCUCCAUUAAAGUAUGAAAUUCCCAAUCACGAGAUAUGGUUUGUAGAGCUGCUGCGUCUACGCAUGGCAAUAGUUGAAGGGGUCUACAACAGCAAAUGGGAAGAUUUGUUAAGAGAGUGGACUGGAAUUUUUAUUGAUUGCUCCAACCCAACCCUCUUAGCAGGCUACGUUGAAUAUGUCAAGAACCGUGGGUCCUCAGAACAAGCUCUUGAAGCUGUAAAUUUUGCUCUGCAAAAGGUCGAACCACUCAAAACUUACUCACUACCUUUGAUGAGAUGUCACAUCAAACUGCUAAAAGACAAGUUGGAUAUUUUGAGAUCAACAGGCACAGCAAGUCAACAAAUUGAGGCAUCAGAUGCACUUCAUAAGUGGCUUGCCAAGUAUAACUACAAAUAUCCUGACAAUUUUGAUGAUCUGAUCUCAUCAUCUAUGAUCAAUGGAUUUUUUCCUAAUGGAUUCUCUAAAAGAUCAUGUAAAAAGCCAUUGAAGUCGAUGGAAUCUCAGGAAUCCGGUAAUGCCAACGUCAAGUAUGACUCCAAUUCUCUGUCUGUAGCUAAUGGUGGACAAUAUACACCUUCAGAGACAGAACACAAAGAUUUGGAAACUUUUGAGAAUCAGGAGUUAAAGGUUUUUGUCGUGAACUUAGACUACAAGGUCAAAGAAGAAGACUUAGUAACCGCACUGAACAGUGAAGGGGUUUUUCCAUCCUCUACAAAAAUCUUGAAAGAUAAAUUUGGCCAAAACCGAGGCCAAGCUAUCUUGCAGUUUCCAUCUGCAGAACUCGCUGAAUUGGCUAUUAAAGACUUUGACCAUAAGCUAGUUGGUAGCAGACCUGUAAAAAUGUUCCAUUACAUUAUAAGAGAACAGUCUAUUAUUCCAAAAAAAUUUAACACUAGGACAAAAGAACAUGAAAAAGCAAAACCUACUACUGUCACUAUAUUUGGCCUGGAUCCAAAAUAUAAAGACAAAGAAGCAGUUGUGUCCAAGCUUUCUGCUUAUGCUCAUGUCAAAGAUGUUGUGAUUAAAGAUACCGACUCAACUUUUACAGUUCAAGUUGAAUUUCACUUUACCGAAGAUGCACAAACUGUCCAUGAAAAGAUAAAAGAUGGUGAUUUGUUUGGGGAAGAAGUUAAAAGCCGUUUGGGAUUUAUUUCACAAAAGAAUGAAGGAAAGAAUGUGAAAAAAUUGCCAAGAAAGGGGAAAACUGGGCCAUCAUCAAGCAAAAUCCCUGCUGAUAGUUCUGGGUCAUCUUCCCUCCCUGACAAUUUAAAUAGUGAGAUCCCGAAUAUUGGUCCACAGAUUCCACCGGAACUAUUCAAAAAGUUAAAAGAAAAACCAAAAAAUAAAACCCCGUUUGUUCCUAGGUCAUUAGCUGCACGGGAUGAGCCCAAAGCGCCAAAAAGAACACAUAUGAGUCGGAGGGUAGGGUUUCGUCAGAGUUCACCAACAGGCGAUAGUGUUCCUAAGAUCAGGAAAUUAGGCACCCCAGCUCCGUCAGAAGAGGAAUUAGUUCACAAUGAGUCCCAGCCAGGCACGUGCCUUCAGAGUAAACCUCUCUCAAACAAAGACUUCCAAGAUAUGUUGAAAAAACAAUAGUCUCUUACAUCAGUUGUACUUGACGUUUACAUUAGACUAGUAUCAAUCUUUACCUAUAAGGUAACCUUUGUAAGAUACCUUAAUGUGUUUUUAAAUUCAAAGUUAUCUCUCAAUAUUAGUUGGGAUUAAAUCAGUAUAAAAAGUGUAUUUGAAUAAGUCAGUGCUUUCAUCUAAAUCGUAGUGUAGACUCCAGGUUACGCUAUAAUGUUGAUGGACUCCAACAACUUCGACAAUUUGUCCGUGAUCUGCCACGUACUGAUGGUUAUCAAUUCGACCAGGUGAUAUCACAAAUCACAUGCUCAUGGAUGUAAAAUGGAGCCUUUAGCACUCAAGCAAGAGCUGCAGGCAGUGAACACGUGUUUCCAUAUAAUAACAACAGUAUUGAAAAACAGUGCUGUGCUGUGACAAACAAUGGUGAAGUGAAUGAAGACUGUGUGAAACAUUCGAUGGUGAAAAAAAGUUUUUUUUUAUGCUAAGAAAAUUAUAUAUUGUAGUAUGUAGAAAUUAAGUUCCAAAAGGAUAAACUGAACAUUUUUCAUCAUGACCGAUAUGCCUGUAAAGAGUAGUAGUUAUAUGUUGAUUGAGCUUAUUGGCUUAUUCUAAUACUUUUAGGGCAUUUUUCAUAUUCUGUUAUUUUGUGAUUGUGUUUAUUAGUUUAUUGGUCCACAAACAGUGUGUUACCAACUUACCAAUAAGCCUACAAUGUAAUAUAACUUGCUAGACUACUAUGUAUGAUUCAAUGUAGAUAUAUGAUUGUAAUAGUGAUGGCCAAAACCAGAAAUUUCUAAUCUAAAACAAAAAACGAAACUCAAUAAAUCAAAUCCUGAAUCCCUAAUCUCAAAACCCAAACACUAAGCCUUUUUAGUUAAAGUUUUACUACAAUAAUACGGGUAGUAAUAAAAUAUUUAUUAUACAAUCAAAACUGAAAGAAAUUGAGUCCUGGCCCUGACAAAGCAUAAAUAUGCGAUUGAUUAAAUUCAAACACACACAAAAACAUAAUUUUUGACCUACAUCAAACAUUAAAGUAAAUUAAACUACUGACCCCAAACAUAAAAAUGAUAUUUAGAACAUUUAGUGGUCAAUAUUUAUUUGUGUUUAGUAAAUAUGGGUAUAAAACUUAAUUGUACGCUAUUAUUAGUAUUUAAGAUAGGUACCUUUGUUAGGUCAGAAUGUAAUUUACGGUAAUUGAUUCAUUUUUCCAGCUUGUGUGUUUAAACAACAAUAAUGACACCAAAAAAUGUCGGUAGUUUCAAAAACAAAGAUACCAAAUCUUCAAUUUCGAAACUUUUGAAUCUCGAAACAGAAACUUUUCCAAAGUUUUGAUGGUUUUGAAAUUUGAGACUCGGUUUUGACACAUCACUAGAUAAUAAUAUUCUUAUUAUCCAUAUCUAAUAUCUUAUACAUGACAACUAGGCGUUGGCAACUAGUGGGUUUUUUUUUUCAAUUGAAACAAGAAACAAACACUUACUUUUAUUAGUUUUUUUUUUGUGUAAAAAUUGUAUAACACAAUUGUGAUUGAAUUUUCUCUAUUCACUUCAGUUACACUAUAUUUUGUAUUGUAAAAUGAUAUUAUACAGUAGACUCCCUCUUAUCCGGACUCCUCGGGACCGAGGCCAGUCCGGAUAACGGGUUUUCCGGUUAAGCCAACGUCCCCAAAAACUCAUUAAAAUGGACUAUUUACUGUGAUAUUUGACUUAAAUUUAUGAGAGCAUUGUAUUUAGACAUGUAAUCACUGGUCUCAAAUCUUUCUCACAAGAACAGUCGUUUCAGUACCGCCCACAUUCUGUCGAUCUCCUCCGGUUGAACCAAUGUGCUGGUAAAAAUUGUCCGGUUAAAGAGAUGUCAUUUCUGUCGAAUGUAGUCUGGUGAAAAGGUGUCCGGAUAAGUUUACUGUAUUAUAUAUAUAUUACAAGACUGGAAAUAAUACAUGUUAAAAAUAUAUAUGUAAA